UCAGGGCAGACAAGUGUUUGACCUAAGUGAGACUUGAGUAAGUCGACGGGUUCAGUUCAGUUCUGUUUAAGCGAGUGUUCUAGCCGAAAGAUCAUGGACCUCCGUAUCAUUCUGGUUAUGGCAAUAUGUAUUCAAGGGCUCCUAGGAGCGUCUCGUUACGACGCUGAGUGGGUGAAGAAGGAAGGAGGCUUGACAACCGAACAAAAGGAGAAGAUCGCGAAACUCCUUCAGGGCAUGAGAAACCGGGGCGAAGAGUUCAAGAAGCAGAUGAAGAACUAUAAUGAUGAACACCCAGGUUCGGACAAAUUCGCGGAGGUGCUCAACGAUUCGAUCAUGAAGAAGGUGGAGGAGCUCGUGGAGAAGAGCGACAAGAUCCUGGCCGACCAAAACAUCAAAACCCCGAUCGGGAAAUACCGCAAAACCUCCGAGGAGAUCAAGCGUUUCACCCACCAAUUCCUGUCCGAUUUCGAGAAGGAUCUGAAAGUGAAAGUGCCCGAUUUCCCGAGUCGCAGAGGGAGUCGCACCAGGCGAUCCCGCUCCCGCCGCUCCUGGGACGAUUAAACCCCACGAACCACGGGCUGAUUAUUGACAUCGAUAGACAAAGCUAUAUAGGGGGACGGUUCUCUCUUGGGAUACCGUUAGGUAGUCUAUUACCUUCUCCUUUGCCCAUUACAACCAUCCGCUUCCAUCGAUCCCUAUCCCUUUUGUCUUUUUUGUCUAUAGCUUUAUCUAUCAACUUUAAUAUCAGUCCGCAACGGGCUGAUUAUUGACAUUGAUAGGCAAAGCGAUAGACAAAGAAAACGUAGGGAGUAUGGAGCGAUUCUACUGGGUUCCUGAGGACUAAAAGAGAAAAUGAUGGACUAACUAUAGGUCCUCUCAUGGGUUGCCGUUAGUUAGUCUAUUACCUCCUCCUAUGUCCUUUGAAACCACCCCUGUCCACCGAUAGGAUCCCUCCAUAUCUUUUUUGUCUCUACCUUUGUCUAUCAAUUUCAAUAAUCAGUCCGCAGCGGGCUGAUAAUUGACAUUGAUAGACAAAGCGGUAGACAAAAAUGAUGAAGAGAGAAUAGAGCAAUCGUAUUAGUUGAAACGGGAGUUGUUGUAGAUUAAGGGAGAAAAUGAUGGACCAACAGUAGGGUCCCUCGAAGGUUGCCGUUAGUUGGUCUUUUACUUUUCUCCUUUGUCCGUCCCAACCACUAGCUUACACCAAUAAUAGGGUCGCAACAUUUUCUCCUUGUCUAUAACUUUGUCUUUCAAUUUCGAUAAUCAGCCUGAAAGGACGAGUAAACUGCCGUGCUGAGUAGCAACAACCUAUGAAUUUGACUUUCUUGUAGGAAAUUUGGAAACCUCCGAUGUGCCACACAAACACGUGCGUGUGUGUUGUGUGUGUCACAUAGCUUUUUACCUCAGCACUGCAGGGUACUCAGUACCCUCCAAAUAGAUCCUUUACUGGCCGCUUGACCUGGGUGAAACUUCUUCUUUCAGAGCUCCGCCUCAGAACAGUGGGGACAAGCAAGUCCUACUUUGAGAGAAAUUUCCGGGAAUGGAGAUGUUGCAUGUGUGAGGAAUUUGCGAUUUGACUACUGAUUAUUAUGUAAAAGUUGGCGAGAAACACGAUGGUGCCACUGGUUUUCUCUGAAAUCAUCUCCCA